CUGUUAUCAUGAACAAGUCUAUCAAUAAUUUUUAAACUGUUUGGUGAAGGUAAUGAAUGAUUUUAUUCUUUUAUAGCAAUAUCUAGCAUUCUAACUUUGGAUCACAUGGUCAUAGAGAGCUAGAGGAGAUUCCAAUAUCUUGUCAUGAAUCAAUUCUCUCAUAAGCUUAAGUUAAUCAAGGAUAGAUAUAUGAAUAGAUUUUAUAUUUGAUACCAUGUCUAAAUUUUUGAGAUGCUAAAACUGGCUACCUGCAUUAUUAUUAUUUAUAUGUUUCGAAUGAUAACUUUGUCUCUUGUACACUUUAUAAUUUAGGCCAGUGCUAAUAUGCUAGGCUGAUCAUGAAGUUGUAAAACGUUCUCUCUCCAAUCUGUAUUACCAAUUUACCAGCUAGACCACAGAAAACUGCUAUUUAUUUUUACUAUUAUUGUUCUUUUGUGUUUUUGUUAAGAUCAUUUUGUUAAGAAGCAAAUGUAAAAGAAACGUGUAUUGUUGCAGCAAAUGCCUGAAAUGGGUAAAAUCUUACGAAAUUUAUACGCAUACAUUACAUAUAGACAUAGACACAAUGAUAUAAUUAUAUCAAAUUUCAAUUUAACAAAUUUUGUAACAUCGUAGGGUAGUUGAAUGCCUAAAAGCUAUACUGAAGGGAUAGUUGAUAUUUUUCGGUUACUUAUGCAAGAAGAGAAGGAAAAAAAAUGAGGAUAAAAGAAAGAGGAGAAACUAUAUAACAAAAGCCACCCAUUGCAUUAUUAGUGACCAUGAUGAGCUAUCUGUAGGACGAUUCUGUAAUAGCAACGUGCAUUCCUUGAUGCUCAUUAUUUUUUCCAACCAAAACAAUGGACCUGAUGAUAUACUCGAGCUACAUUCACGUUGACCAAUAAUUUUAUUGGAUGAUUUAAUAACUAACAAUCCUUCCAAAAAGAAUUAUUGAACUUUUUAUUUUUUUCCUUUGAAUAGCUGGCAAUCCAUUCAUUGUUUAAUAAUUUUUUAGCAAAAUGCCAGAACGUGAGAUUGAUGCGUGAGACUGUAAUCAGUCUCCUACAAUGAUGAGUGAUUUUUUUAUCGCCAAAGGUUUUUUUAUCCACUGUUGAAGUGUGUGUUUCAUUGGGUUGUGCAUAUUUUUAUUUUUAUUAGGGACCUACAUUGAACUCAACGGGUCAUAUUGUUUAGUAGAAAGAAAAAAAAGAAAAAGAUAAAAGUAAAUGUAUUACGUAGUUCUUUCUAUAUUGGGUUUAAAAUAUAAUAAUUUUUUUUUCCAGCAAGUGCUACAAAAGUGAUAUUCACGAUGACUAGUGAUCAUGAAGGAAGUGGCAAUGAAAAAGGGAAGGGGCAACUCAGUAGGCACAUGAGUGACAGUUCUGUUGCUGCCACUGAGGACGAUGAUGAUGACGUUGAUAAGAAGAUUGAUGUUGGUCCUCAAUUCACUUUGAAAGAGCAACUCGAAAAGGAUAAGGAUGAUGAGAGCUUGAGGAAGUGGAAGGAACAACUUCUUGGAAGUAUUGACAUUAGUUCUGUUGGAGAAACUCUGGAGCCAGAAGUGAAGUUCCUGAGCCUUGCUAUAAAAUCGGGCGAUAGAGAUGAUAUAAUUCUUCCGGUACCAGAGACAGGAAAUCCCGAGGGUUUAUGGUUUACUUUGAAAGAAGGUUCUCGUUAUAGGCUGGUGUUUACUUUCCAAGUAAACCAUAAUAUUGUUUCGGGUCUUAAGUACACCAACACUGUCUGGAAAACUGGCAUCAAGGUUGACAGCACUAAAGAGAUGAUUGGAACAUUCAGCCCUCAAGCAGAGCCUUACACGCAUGAAAUGCCAGAAGAGACAACACCAUCUGGUUUAUUUGCCAGAGGGACAUACUCAGCUAGAACUAAGUUUGUUGACGAUGACAAAAAGUCGUAUUUGGAUAUCAGCUACACUUUUGAUAUUCGUAAGGAUUGGCUUUAGUUAGGGAUCAAUCAACUGAGACCUUUUCCAAGAGUGAUAUUGUUUAGUUUAAUCCAGUAGUUGUUGUUUUUUUUGCAUGAAAUCUCUUUCAGUGUUUACUUGUUGCUUUUCCAAUGUUUAUUUGACCUGAGACCAGUAAUCUUAACAAUGAGAUAGGAUUUUGAGGAAGAAUCGAAGUGAUAUUCAUUUGGCAGAUAAUUGUCAAUAAAAUUGAAUUUGCCUCUUUUAAUAUAGAA